UAAAGUCCCCCCACUCCAGUGCAAAAAGGAAAAUUUCUAUACCAAAUUGUAUUAUGAGGUGUUGGACGGGAAAAUUGCCGUUUCCCCGUGAAAAAAGUAUUUGUGCGUAAAUAUCACGCGUUGAUCCCAUCACCAGCAUCUCUCUACUUCAUGAAAUCACCAUGUUAACACACAAGAACAACCAAGUUGUCCGGAAGAAAAUGCAAGUGUCAUUUGUGAUCCGAGAGGCAGAGGAGAAGCGUCAUAGGAAUGGUGUGAAUGCCCUGCAAUUGGACCCGGUGAAUGGGAGACUGUACUCAGCGGGGCGCGAUGCGAUCAUCCGGGUGUGGAAUAGUACUCAGACAACAUCCCAGGAGCCCUACAUUCAGAGCAUGGAACACCACAAUGACUGGGUGAAUGAUAUUGUUCUGUGCUGUGGUGGACGCCACCUGAUCAGUGCGAGCUGUGAUACAACGGUUAAAGUGUGGAAUGCCCACAGGGGUUUCUGCAUGUCCACACUCAAGACACACCGUGACUAUGUCCAGGCACUGGCGUACGCCAAGGAUCGCGAGCAAGUGGCAAGUGCUGGGCUAGAUAAAGCCAUCUAUCUGUGGGAUGUGAAUACCCUCACAGCACUUACAGCCAGCAAUAAUACCGUGACCACUUCUAGUCUGCCCGGAAGUCGCGAUAGCAUCUACAGCCUGGCCAUGAAUCAAUCCGGAACGGUAAUUGUAAGUGGUUCGCCAGAGAAUACGCUGCGCGUGUGGGAUCCACGCACCUGCAACAGGCUGAUGAAGCUCAAGGGGCAUACGGAGAACGUAAAGGCGCUGGUGGUGUCACCAGAUGGAAAGGAAGUGGUGUCUGGAAGUUCAGAUGGCACCAUCAAACUCUGGAAUUUGGGUGAACAGCGAUGCAUCCAGACACUCCAUGUACAUUCCGAGGGCGUUUGGGCACUCUUGACCACUGACACCUUCUCGCAUGUCAUAUCAGGGAGUCGCGACAGAAAGGUGUUCAUGACGGAACUGAGAAAUCCCAGCAAUAGUGUUUUGGUGUGCGAAGAGCGCGCCCCCGUACUCAGUCUUUGCUACAAUGUCGAUCAAACGGGCGUGUGGACGACCACAUGGAACUCGGACAUUCGAUGUUGGCGCCUUCCGCGUCCGCACACGGACAAGUACUCUGGUCACACGAAUGCCAAUAGUGAUUCGCAGACCCUCACGAAUGGUGGCACUCCUCCAAGCCGUUCCACUGAGAUGGCUUGUAUUCGUGGUGGGGCAGCGGUUAAGAAGUAUGCUGUGCUCAAUGAUAAACGGCACAUCCUCACGCGUGACACAGAACAGAAUGUGGCACUGUAUGAUGUGCUGAAGGUGACAAAGGUGGAAGAUUUGGGACAGGUGGACUUUAAUGAGGAACUAAAUAGGCGCAAUCAGCGUAUUUAUAUUCCCAAUUGGUUUACUGUGGACCUCAAGACGGGCAUGCCGACAAUUGUUUUGGGGCAAGAUGAGGUGGAUUGUUUUGCAGCUUGGGUUGCAGCAGAAUCGGGAUUGCCGGAACAUGUUGAGGCUGGAUCGGAGAUGAAGGUGAAUUAUGGGAGUUUAUUGCUUCAGGCACUUUUGGAAUCCUGGACACCGCCACAUAGUGCACCGGCAUCGGAGUUGGAUAAUGAGAUUAAGGGGGGAAAUGGGUAUUUUUCAGUACCCAAACAUACGCCACUUAUCUUCAGUGAAGUUGGUGGAAGGACAGUAUGUCGGCUUUUGGUGAGAGAUGCUGCUGGAGAGAGUGAGAGUGCUCUGCUCCAUGAGACUGUUCCCUCUUGGGUCACUGAUGUCGUCAUUGAGCGCAAUAUGCCCAAAUUCAUCAAAAUCCCUUUCUAUCUCCUUCCCCAUCCGCUCAUGGUGAAACAGGAUCGCAUGAAAAAGGAGCGUCUCAUUGCCAAUGAAUUUAUACCGUGCCGAAAACUCUGCGAACAUGUUCUGGAGAAGGUGCUAGGCACCGAAGUGACACCGGGAAUUAGCAAUGCGUCCAAUUCAUCCCAAAAUAGCCAAAGUGAUGCCAAUUCAGAGGGAUCACAGAUCCCACCAGAGGAUCGUCUCGAAUUGCUCUGCAACGAUGUCGUUCUGGAUCCCAAUAUGGAUUUGAGGACGGUGAGACACUUAAUCUGGAAGCAAUCGGCCGAUUUGACCUUCCACUACAAAACGAAGCCUUUCACCUGAACGGCCACUCAAUGAACCCCAACGGCAGUUAUAAAAAGGAGAGAAAAAAAAAUCCAAAACACAGAAAUAUUCACAUGUGGAAAAGAUUGUCAUUUUAUUGUAAUCUUAUAGAAAAAUGGCGAGAAACAUUUAAAAAUUGAAUAGAAUUGUGAGAGAAUGAUAAAGAACUAUAUACAAGAACUUAAUGAUAUA